AUGAUGAAGCCUAAGUACUCCUAUUUUUCUGGGUAUUAUGUGGGCUUUCUUUUCCUACAAGUGAUGACAUCAACACCAGAAAAGUGGACAGUGAUCACUUCCACGGGACACUUGGUGGCUACAGUAGGAGGACAGGCUGAGCUUAGCUGCCAGUUGUCCCCACCACAAAGUGCAGAACACAUGGAGGUGUCUUGGUUCAAGGGUAAUCAUUCCAAGCUUGUUCACCUAUACAGAGAUGGCCAUGAAGUGAAUGAGAACACUGCCCCAGAAUAUAUGGAUCGCAUAGAGUUUGUGAAAGAGGACAUUGGGGAUGGCAAAGUGACUCUCCGACUUCAUAAUAUCAGCGUUUCUGAUAAUGGACCAUAUCAGUGUUCAUUCAAGGACAGGGAAUUCAGGGGUGUGGCUGGCAUGAACCUGAGUGUCACAGCAUUAGGCUUGGAGACACAGAUCUAUAUUCAGGUUGUUAGCACUGGUGGACUUAUGGUGGAGUGUAACUCAGGAGGCUGGUUCCCAGAGCCCCAGAUGGAGUGGAGAGACAACAAGGGAGAGGUAGUUCCACAUUUAUCAAAAUCCUAUUCACGGGAUGAAGCCGGAUUAUUCUACAUGAAGAUGAUUGUUUUCCUCAGAAACAAAUCACAGGGCAGUCUGCUUUGCUACAUUCGAAACCCUCUGUCAGAUGAAGGGAAGCAAAUAAGUAUCUUCUUGGCUGAUGCCCUAUUUUAUCCAGUCUACAUCUUGCUGAUAGCUUUAAUUUCAAUUUUCUGUGUGAUACUACUUUUUAUUGGUGUGCUCCUACUCUGUCAACAUUUCAGAAAAACAGAGUUCCAGUGUGACCUCAUUCAUUUGUUGAACACAAGUUAUGCUCAAUUACUGUGUUUUGGAUGCUCUUGUAUAAUGCCCAUUAUGUAUGUGCUAUUUCGGAGAGGAGUGUCUCUUUCAGAUCCUUUGUUUUUUUUAUACAAUGACUGGAUAUGGGAUAUUUCAAGCAUAGGCGUUGUGCUGAUGGUUUUUUAUGGUGCACUUAUUUCUUAUUUGUACCUGUCAAUAAAAGGACAUAUCAAAAAAAUAAUACUUCGAAAAAAUCGGCAGAUACGGGAGCAGCAAAAUGUAGAAAUGGAAACACUACACAAGAAAUGA